UCAGAGGCCAAUGACCAGCUGAAAAUAAAAAAACGUAACAGUUUCAGGAGUCCUCAAACCUUCGACGAGACUCCAACGAGAUGAGACAAACGUCAGUCUGCAGGCUCCUCUUGCUGUGUGUCCUCUUGUACGUUGACAAUGCAGGAUCUUCGUCUCAUCAUGUGCAGCGUCGUGCAAACCUCCCCACGAAGAAUCACUCUGCCAUUAUGGUACCACAGCUGACAGUCUCUCCAUCCUGGUACCUCAGUGUGGGCGACACUGUAGAGAUCAACUGCACCAUGUUCGCUGACAUGGGGAACUACAGCGAUAAGAUAAACCUGCAACUGGUCUGGACCAAGAUGAACUUGACCACCGAGGUCCUGGUGAGCCGGCGAGCCUCUAAGGGCAUCUCUUAUGUACUGGGCCCCGUUACCCAUGAGCACCAGGGGGUUUACUCGUGUGGUGGUGAUGGAUCCUUGCCUGACAUUUUUGUAUUUGAAUGGCACAAGAGAAUCUGGGUGGCCGACACUCCUCCUCUGAGAGCCUCCAUAGACGUGAGCAGCCACAACAGGAACCAGUUCCUCAAUGGUGAGACGUUCACUCUGAGUUGCCAGCUGCCUGACAAUAACGCCCAGUGGAAGAUGAGGAGGUUUGAUGACAAGGAGGGUACUAUCACAGACUGUCCCAGUCCAGUGUUUUCAGACCACCGCCUGUCCUGCACUUUCAAUCCCCAGUAUCCCUCGAAUGCACCGUACUGGUGUGAGAGUCCAGCAGGGGAGAGGAGCAACGCCCUGAACGUCACCAACUCUUCUGGUACAAAUGUGGUCCUGGAGAGCCCAACGCUUCCUGUGUUGGAAGGCGAUGACGUGACGCUGCGCUGCUUACACAGAAAAAGCACCACCGGAGAAAUUACCUCCUUCAACAGAGCACUUUUCUACAAGAACCAUUUUCUGAAGUAUGAAGUGGACGGCACUGUGACUCUGAAAGCCGUGACCAAAGCUGACGAGGGAUUCUACAAAUGUCGGCACCUGAAUGAUGGAUACUCUAACGUCAGCUGGAUCAGUGUUAUAGCUCGGUCCAGUGAAGACCAGAAGAAUCAGCCUGACGUCAAGACGUCUUAGAUGCCCUCCUGACGACGCUCUCUGAUUGGUCAGUUAAACCCAACUCAAGGCUUUCUGUAUCAGCGUUAAAGCUCCGCAUGUGCGUGUUUCUCAUGUAUAAAUCUGCAUUCACAUCUCAGUCUGCUGCAAAGCAAAGGUUUGCCAGAACAUCUGCGUCACAUCUGCAGCAACACCAACAAAAUAAACGAAGCUUGCACACAAAACCCCAGGGCUUCUUCGUUUCCCUGACAUAACAUGGCAUUCAUAAAAAAUAAGGGUGCUUUAAAUGUAUAUUUUUUCUUUUCUUGCUCAAAUAAUUAACGCAGAAACAAGACCAGGAUUGUGCUGCACCGGCUGUUAGUAAAUCCUUCAGUGUGUAAAACCCUCUCUUGUGAUUUCUGAAAGGAACAAACACGAACUGAACAAACUGAAAUGUGUGUCUGUGUGGCCUGAAUAAAACAUGGCGGAGAGACUCUGUUGUUAA